AUGAAUUAUCAGAACACGAAGAAGAUGGAGCUAACUAUGGGAAAAGAUGUGACUAAGCAGAUUGUAAAAUCAAUGGAGAAACUUCAUGUCAUGUGUUUCAUUAAACACUACGAAUCAACUUACCACACGGUUCUGAAACUUUAUAUUGUCGACAUCAUGGACAACGAAAAAAAUGUUCCAGAAAGAAAAAUUUCAGAAAAGGGAGCAGUCAUUUCAUCCUCGGACAAGGUACAAUGUAGCCAAUUCUUCAGCCCAUGUCUAAAAAUAGUGCUUCAAUCCCUUGCCACCGAAAUUAGUAGAGCUCUUUGCCGACAAGCAGCACCCCACUCACACAUGUUUCCUAACUACCGAGCCAAUCAACCCUUGAGACUGCAGCAAAAGCUAAUGCAAGCCCUUCAAAGAAAAUUCGGCCCAAAAAGGACUAGUGCCUGUAAU